AUGGAGAGAGCCCGGCACCGAAAAUCUAAAAGUGCUUCUGGCAUUGAAGGAAUUCAACAUAUUCAGAAAGCUGCUCCAAGAUUGUCCACUGAUUCUCGAACUUACAUUGAUGGAAUCAAAAGGGAUGACUCGUUUAUGCUCGAGUUGGGACAGAGCUCAUGGCGAGGGCCCAACGGAACACCAAUGAAGAAGCUCCUAGCAGAAGAAAUGUCCCGAGAAGUCGAGCCCAGGAGACGCCCGCCAAGUGUCAUUGCCCGGCUAAUGGGUUUCGAUGGCCUUCCAUCCCCUAAACAUGUCCACGGGAAGGAGAAAAGGUUUUCCGAAAUUUACCAACCGAAAUCGAGAAGCCUACGUUAUGACAGCCGAACGACCGGAAGUCCGCCUGGACCGCCUGAAUUCAAGGACGUGUAUGAAGAUUUGGAGGCUGCCGGUCACCACCGGUGUUCCUCGAAAUGGAGAACGGGCUCGAUCCUCACCAAGCCCGAGCUGGCCCUUGUUCAGCAGAAGCUUCGAGCCUCAGAUGAGAUGGACCACGUGCUGAAACACCUGUGGCAUCGCGACUCUCCUGGCAACCGUAUAGCAGUUUUAAAGCCGUACGAAAGCAAAGCAAAGCCUGCAAGCGGGCCCCGCGUUCCUUUGAGACGUGAGGAUGGGCUUCUGCUCGAACAGCAUGGCCACCGCCGGGCCUGCAUUUACCAGAGCGGGUCGAGGGCCCGAUCAGAGGUGGUGGACGAAGAAAAGACUCUCCCCACAAGGAUUAUUGUCUUGAAGCCAAACCUUGGGAAAGUGGAAAACAUAUUUAGUUCAUCAACCGAUCUCAUGAAUAGGUCCCAUAGAAGGAAAGACUUGUCCAGUGACAUGGGACUAUCCAGGUCGAUAUCUAAGGAGGCUCGGGAGAUAGCAAGAGAGAUCACAAUGCAGAUGAGGGAUCGGUAUGACGAGAGUAAUGACUUGCAGUCCGUUUGGGGCAGAGGGUAUGUUGGGGAUGAGAGCUCGUACGAGUGUGAUGAAAGUGACUCCGAGAGCGAGCCUGAGGGGUUCGUUUUUUCCUGUCGAAAAUCUUCCAGGUACCCUUCUUUUGUCCGGGUGGAGUCGUCUGUGAAUAGGGAGGCAAAAAAGAGGCUUUCCGAGAGGUGGAAGAUGACUCACAACUGUCGGGACAUGGAUAUGAUUAAUAGUGAUAGCAAGGGCGGCACGUUAGCCGAGGUGCUUACUCGGCCUGAUAGGGGAACAGGGCACAGCCGUGUAAAUGUGAAGACGAGUCCUUCGGGCAUUGGUAGUAGGGAGGAAUUUACCAGAAAUUCGUUAAGGUCCAAAUCUCUUCCUCCAAGUAGCAGAGGGAGGAGAAGCCGUAAGACAAACUUGUAUCAGGAUGGUUUGGCUGUGGCGAAAGUUGUGACGCACGGUGAAAAUGUAAAUUGCGAUAGGAGUAAAUUCUUGAAGAGGAAUGUAGGUUAUAAGGAGGAUUCUCUUUCUAGGUAUUCGAAAGUUAGAGGGAAGAUGCCCCAUCCAUGUGAUCAGGGCAUGUUUAAUGGUGAGAUAUACUCUUCAACAGAGGCCAGUUUCGAAAUUCAAAUGGAGGCGAAUAUUAAGGACAUAUCCAAACAGCAGUCUGCUUUUGAGAUGUCUGCAAAGGCCGAAGCCUGUAGGAGUCCUGUGGUUGAUGUGAUGAUGAUUUCUGAAUCUGCAAGCACAACUUUGUCUACGAAAACUUCUAAGUUAGUUCAGAAGCAGCUGUCUUCAGUUGCAGGCGACGAUGAAUCCGCCGUUCAAGAACGGAGGGAUUGCGUGCCCCAGGAACUGAACAAGGUACCAACAAAACAAGCGUCUUCUUCCGCACAUUGCCCUGGAGCUGAGCCGGAGCCUUCAGAAAGCUCCAAGGAGGGCAAUCAUCCAAGCCCGAAUUCAGUUCUCGAGGUCCCUUUCACAGAGGAUGCAUCAUCUGCCGAUAAUUUUGAGAGAGUCAGUGCUGAACUUCAAGAACUCCGACUUCAACUGCAGCUCCUCAAGAUGGAAUCGAGCACCGAUGCUGACAUGUCCACACUUUUCCCAAUCGAGGAGGAAGAAGAUGGCGCGCAAACUUCGCUCGUUUUGCCGGAAGGAAAUCACACAAUAGGUCCCGAAGGAUGGGAAAUUCAUUACGCUCUCGACGUGCUCGUCACCUCCGGGCUCCUUCAAGAGCCCGACUACUUUAGCAUGUUUAACAACACAUCAUGGUACUCCCAAGAAGAAGACUAUCAUCCUCUUGACCCAAAACUGUUCGACAGUCUCGAGAAAAAAUACAGUGAUGAUGAAGGGGCAAUGGGGACAAAAUGGGAAAGGAAAUUACUUUUCGACAGGAUAAAUUCUGCACUAAUGCAGAUUUUUGUGGCGCAUGUUGACCUGUGCCCCUGGGUAAUGCCAAAAUCGACGGGUUCGAAUUUAUUGAAGUGGUGGGCCCACGGGGUUAGGGACGCUGCAGAGAAAUUGAUCGACCAGUUGGAGUUGACGGAAUUCGAGACUGUGGAUCGGGAGAUGGGCUGGGCCGGGCCCAGGGGAGAAGUAGAGAUGGUGGGUAAUGAAAUCGAGAAGCUGUUGAUGGAUGACAUGGUGGCUGAGGUCAUUCUCUAUACUGAAAAUCUUCAUUGCAAGAAGACGUACGACUCAAGGUACGCCUUUGCCCGAUAA